CAUUAGCUCCCGCCAUCUGAAGCUCGCUCUCUCUCUCCAUCGUCUAUUGAACAGUUUGAUCAAUCACCGUUCGUCCUUUCUGCUACUUCCAAAAUCCGGCGCUUGAUUCCUUCUCCUCCAUACUCUUCCGAUGGCGAAAUAUAAGGAAGAGGAAGAUGAUAAACCAGACGGUCUUGAAAUAAUUUCAAUUGGAUCUUUAUAUAGUGGAACCUGGGACAAGAAGUACUGGAGCUCUUCUAGGGUUUGUUUUUUCUUUUCGUUUUUCAUUCAUGUUUUGCGUUUGUUUGGAUUUUCUCCUUUUGUUAUUUGUUCCUCUUUCUUCAUUUUCAAUUUCAAACUGUAUCAAUCCUAGCUUGGGGACGCAGAUUUCUCAUUGGAAUUCAAUGAAGCAAAAUUGCUUAUUUCGAUACGCAUACUGAAAGUGUGAGUUUGCUGAUACGACUUGCUUUUUGAGAACAAAUUUGAUUUCGCCAAAUUGAUGGUGCAAAUUUUGAUUUGUGAAAGAUAAGGCCAAUUUAGAUUGCAAAAUCCACUAAUGAGGCCAGACGCAGUACAUGCCAGGCAAAUAAGAGGAAGAGGAGGAGGCGAUUCAUACCUUAAUAGGGUAAAGAUCGGUAUCCUUAUCCGCUGGGCUAUCAUGCUCGUCGAGCUUUUAAUGGAAGCACCUAUAAGAUGGAAAUUCAAGAAGGUUCUAAAGGACCUUUAUUUGUGAUUACUUCUGCUGAUGGACAUUUGUGUUCUGGUCAAACACCGGAUAUUACCUGGGAGAAAUUUCAGAAGAAAGGUUUCUUGCGCAUGAAGAUCUGGCAUGGCAAAAGAUCUUCUUGCAAGAUAGAUGGAAUAGAGUUUUUUGGGUUCAGAAAUCCAUUUGUCCAGAGAUUAUUACGGGAGCUGGUGGCAAAUGUCAAUGGAAUAGCAGAACAUAGUCUGUUAUCUUCUAGCUUCUGCAAUGGGGCUUCUAGUAUGGAUGACAAUAAUCAAUACCAAGAUGCACUGGUGUGCUCUGAAAUUUUACCUCAUUUGGCAAGACCACAGGUUAAAGGGAAAAGAAAUAAGAGAUGUGAAAUUGUAAAUCCUAAGUCAUUAAAUGUUGAUGGUUCUAAAAGACUGCGAGCCGGAGAUCCAACUUUUAAUGGUAAGCCACCAAAUUCAACAGAAAGGAAUCAUAAACAAAGUAGUUCCUCACCUCCCUCUGGCUUUAGUUUUCAUGAUAAGUGUGAGUUUUGCCCACUUCCAGGAGCAGUGCCAGUGGGAGUGCAGUCAAAAUACAUAAGUGGAGAAGCAAAUAAUCACAUCUCAGCUGAAGAUUGUUUGCAUUUGAAGCCUGUUGAUGCCCCUGAUCAUAUUAGGGUGAAAGCUCUCCUGGCCCAUGAAGAUCUUGCUAGUUCUGAAAAUAAUAAAUCCACUGGUGUAGUCAUGAACUCCUUUGCAGAAGAAAGACCUCUUGAUAGGUUGCAAAAUGCUGAAGUGGAAGGGUUGAAUUUUCCAGCAUCAUCUGAAUUCAAAGAUGUAGAUGCAUCAUGUCCAGGAGACUCGCUAAGCGUCCAUGAUGUUGAUCUUUGUGCUCCUGAUACGUUAGAUUUUGUGCAAGAUGAUACUACAAAUUCUGCUCCAAGUACCUUGGACAAAAUUACUUGUGGUGUCAAAGAAGAAUUAAUGACAGCUGAUGUGAUUGUUUCUGAAGCACUGGUAAACAAAUCACAUUCAGAAGAAGAAAUGGCCCCUUAUGAUGCAAACAUGAAUUCUGAAAAGAGUGAUUUCGAUUCAGUCAGUCAAGAUAUAGCCAAGUCAAUGAUGACACUUCUGCUUCCACAUGCUAUUCCUCUGCUAAAAAAAACCCGAAGAAAGAAAAAGAAAACCGUUAUGCCUUCAGAGAAUUUGUCUUCUACACCUAAACCGCGUGAAGAUCAAUCAAAAUUUGAAAGUUCUGAACAUAACAAGCCUGUAGUUCUUCAAAAGUUUGAUGAUGAUCAAUGCGUAAUAAAUAAACUAAUAUUGCCUUCCAACAAUGUGGAAGCAAAUCAACCUAGUCUUGAUAAAAAUAAAAAUGCAUAUCUUCCGAAUGGUGGGGAACUGUUUGUAGGUGGAGAUGUGGUAUCACCAUGGUUUCUCGAUGCUGAGACUAAUGGGAAUGGAGAUGUCUUACAUGAUGAUAAACUGCAAGUGAACUUGAGUAAAAGGCCUCAGGAUGGUUAUGUAUGCUUACCUGAGUCUAUUUUAGGUUGCAUGCCUGCCAACAAGAAAGUUCUCAGUGAAGUAAACCAGGACUUUUGCAAUAAUGUGGAUGAAAACUCAUUGAGUGCCAAUAUCAAUUCUGAGAAGGUCCUAAAAAAUUCGUCUGAUUAUAAUGAAGCUGUAGGUGCAAGCGUUGCUACUGUAGCCUUGAGGUGUUCUAUGCACUUGUCAAUGAAGGACACUGUUGUUCAGGCUGGGGAUUCUGAAAUCAGCAACUUAUCCAAUAGUCAAGUCCCAAGAAAAGUAUACACCAGAAAAAAGGUCCCAAAUACAGAACUUACAGCAAGAAAACAUAAUCCUUCACUUUCAGAAAGUAUAAUAUGCAGAAAACUUGUAGAUGGUUGUGUCCCUCAAUCUACAGGAACUUUGCUUGAGUCAGGGCCCUUCAAUAUGAGCUCUUCUGUUGAUGAACCUCGUGAAAGUUUUAUGGGUGCUGAUACCAUGGUUGUAGGCCAACUUCUUGAUAUGCAUACAGAUGUAACUACUUUGACUUCCAACACUGUAUUAGACAGUCAGGCAACACUUAUCUCACAAACAUUUCUUUGUGCCUCAGAAGGCCAGGAUACAUCAAAUCUUUUUGUUCCACCUUUGUCAUAUGUAGAAAAGGCCCAAGAACUAUUUGAAGAGAGGUUGAUUGAGGUUCAGAAUACUUCAGAUGUUAAUGGUACUAGAACCCAGAAACAAGGAACAGGGGUCUGUCACAAUAAGACACCCAUUGUCAAGGAAGUUCAAGGCAAUCCAGAACUGGAGAUACAGAGGAAUGUGGAAGUUAACAAUGAUUUAGAGUGCAUUGUUAAGUUUCUGGGAUCCUAUUCCCAUCCCAUGCCUGUUUUGUCAAUGUUGUUGAGCAGAAAAGGGAAUGAAAUUUACAUAUGUGCUCUUUGUGGCAUUCUAAGAGAUAAGAGGAGAAUUCUGUUUCUUUACAAGCUAUCAAUUGAAGAGCCAAGAAGAGGGUGUCCAUGCUUUGUUGGUCAUGUACCGGUGACCUGGCCAUCUUCAACCGAUAUCUUUGGUAGAGAAAUAGCAUUUGAAAGAUCUGGUUUACAACUCACCCCAGAUGGGCAGCAUCUUGUUUUACUUGGAAGCACAAGAGCACCCCAUUGCAGAGAAGGAAUAUUAGAUUGUUCAUGCUCAACCUGUACAUUAGACUGCCUUGAGAACAGUGCAGUGAAGAUUGUAGAAGUGAAAGCUGGAUAUGUUUCAGUUGUAGUAAAAUUGAGAGCAACUGACAAUUUGCAAUGCAUAUUGGUCUGUGAACCUGACCAUCUAGUUGCUGCUGGAGAGGGUAGGAGACUACAUCUGUGGACCAUGAAUUCAAGAUGGAGUGCUCCAACAGAAGAAUUCACCUUAUCAUCUAAUGAUUGCAUAUCGCCUUGCAUAGUGGAGAUGAAGAGAAUUCCAAAAUGUGCUUCUCUUGUUAUUGGACACAAUGGCUUGGGGGAAUUCACUUUAUGGGAUAUCUCAAAGCGUAUUUUUAUCUCAAGGUUCUCUGCUCCAAGCACUUCAGUUUAUCAAUUUUGUCCUAUCAGUUUGUUUAGUUGGCAAAGAGAAGUCAAUGGUUUCAGCUGCUCUAAUGUUGAAGUUCACAUAAAUAGGCUAAUGGAUGCAACAAAAAUAUGGUUUUCAGAGCACAGCAAGAACCAUUCUUCUCCUCCUUUAGAGGGUGAAGAUAUUGCCAUCUGGUUUCUUGUAUCAACUGUCCACGAAUCUGAUGCUCAACAUGACUAUGAAUCAAAUGAUUGCCAGAGAAAUCCGGUUGGACGCUGGAGGCUUGCUCUACUUGUGAAAAAUACAAUGAUCUUGGGCAAAGCAUUGGAUAUAAGGGCUGCUGCUGUCAAUAUAUCAGCUGGUCAUGGAAUAAUCGGCACAGUUGAUGGACUUGUGUAUAUGUGGGAAUUAUUGACGGGAAAUAAACUUGGCACUCUGCAUGAAUUCAAAGGUGGAAGUGUUUCGUGCAUUGCUACGGAUGACUUGGAGUCGGGUGUCCUGGCAGUAGUAGAUGAAAGAGGUCAGGCAAUGGUGUAUCGACGUCUCCAGUGAGAGAAGCAAACAAGGUCCUUUGUUCUCUUCCCUGAUAGUUCAGUACCUUUUUGCCAACGGCCUGCUUGAGAAGGUGAUUUUUACUAUUCAAGUGAUGAACUACAUCCCUGCAAGCAUUCCCAUUGCGUUUGUCCACAAAUGUAAAAGAAUAUUCCUUUUCUUUUUACAGACGCAACCCACGAAACAUAGUUCCUCCCCCCCCCUCUCUCUUUUUCUAGUUCAAAUAAAUACAUGAUAAGAAGGAUACAUUUAAAAUGAUUAAUGAGGAAGUCAAUUUCAUUGCAAAAUAUCGUUAACAUUGUUCU